CCGGGAGCAAGCGUUUCUUGUCUUCCAGAGAACGUUUAUCUUUUUUUGUCUUCCAGAUAAUUAUUAUUAUUAAUAUAGAAUUAUAGAUCAAAAGAGAAAAAAGAUAUGGCCAAGAUUUCAACUCUAACCGGGAUGUUUCUGGUGUUAUGGCUAGCAAUGUCGAUCGGGACUUGGGCUACCAAGGACGGCAAGCCACCAACUGAGAAGGAGAUGCAGGAAUGGAUAAAUGUUCUACGUGAAGCCGAGGUUGCUCUUGAAGCUGACAACUUCCAAACAGCUAGUGCCAGGGUUGCAGAACUUGUUGCUAGGUUAGACAAUACCAAUUUACCUGACCAUGAGAAACUUGCCAAGUUCGUAGAAAUGCUGAAGAUAGUUGAGCAGGCAGUCGACGAAGAUAACAAGGCCAAAGCUAUAGCUCUCAUUACCGCAAUUGGAGCGAGUUUCGAACAGCAAUACGGGAAUGCGCAAGGAGGAGGAGAUAAGAAGAGGGAGUUACUCGGAGAUGAAGUCCCGCAGAGCAAAAUCAUGGAGGUUAUGGGCUAUUUACGAGAAGCCUCCAGAGCUAUUGAACAAGUUCAAUAUGCCAGAGCUCAAGAGGUUAUGAACACCGUUUACCAGAAUCUAAAUAAUGAUAAGCAAUUAUGUAAGGAAGGGAAAGUCCUAGAAUUUCUUAAGGACAUCAACGAUGCUGAGCAGGCUCUUAAAGAAGAUUAUAGAACAAAAGCUUUAGAGUCUCUCAACCAAGCCGCGGGCAAUUUUGGAGUUCCCAUGGUACAUGAAUAG